CUGAGGUCUGCAUAAUAUUAACAUGUUAUUACCAGAGGUGUUUUAGAUAUUGAUCCUGUAUUCGGUCGUAGUUAAACUCACUUCCCCACCUCACAGGUCCAUACCUGCUUUUCUAAUUUAAUAAGACAAGUGACAGGAAAUUUUGUAAAAAUGCCCAAGAGGAAGUCACCCGAGGGAGCAGAGGCCAAAGACGCCACCAAAGUUACAAAGCAGGAGCCCACUCGGAGGUCAGAGCGUCUUUCCUCAAAACCAGCUCCUAAACCUGAACCAAAAGCUAAAAAGCCAGCUGCCAAGAAGCCAUCCAAUGACAAAGCGGUAAAGGAGAAGAAGGGCGGAGCCAAAGGAAAGAAAGAGGAGAAAGAAUCUGCGCCCACUGCAAAUGGAGAGACCAAGCCGGAGGAGAUCUGUGUCUCACGCUCAUCUGUCAGUGUGUCUUCAUGGAGAAGUUCCGCCCCUUCCUUCCUGUCCAUCCGAGGGCAGAGUGAGAGUGUUAGAGUAAAGGGAAACUGAGCCCAAGACUGAGGCUGAGGCGAAAGAGUGAUUGAAGUUGUUUUCUGGAAUAACAAAGAACAUUUUUUUAUUCCUAUUGAGUAUUUUGUAAAAUGCAAACUUUUUUUAGACUUACCGUACUAGAUAUCCUUAGCUAAGUCGACUCACACUCCCCGCUGAAGCACCGUACCUGUCUCCUUCUCUUUCAUCUGACAGAAAGAUAGAUUCAUUUCAAGGAAAAGCAACAGUUAUUCUUGAAAAUUUCACCAGCAGCUUGCCUGCCAAAUGCAGCCACUUGGAACAUGUCACAUCCUACCUGUUAAAAGCAACCAGUUCAUCUUUUGCCACCAGAGCGCAUAUCCUUAGCUCCAUAUAUAUGGUUACUAAGGUGCAAGUCUUUGGUGUGUAUUGCCUUUGAGUCUUGUUAUUUAAUUGGUUAAAUAUCAUAAAAAAGAGCGAGAGAUACAGAAAGAGGGAGCAAAUGGGGCCGAGAGAUUUAAAUAGUAACCCUUUACUUUAUCUCCUUUGUAGCAUUUUGAGAUUCUAGUGUGUUCUUUUAAAAUUGUUGAAUUAAACAUGACCCUUAACAGUGGCAGAAAUCCAUAGCAAUAAACAAGUGGUGCUUUGUACUAGAAGGUUAGGAAAACUCUAUAAGAACUCAAUCUCAGAAAGAUGUACAAGUCCACAGAACUGGUUUAAGAGAUACUCUCUGUAAAAUGUUUUCAAAUAAAAGAUGAAUAAACGGUCAA